AUGCCAGUUUAUCACAUCGGUAAGUUUGACGCAGCCGAGUGUCAAAGGGACAUGAAAGAGCCUCGGUCACUAACCAAGCUCCAAGUCCUCUUCCGCCUCAAGCCCGGCGUCACCCUCGCCCAGAUCGCCACCUGGAAGGAGACAUGUCAGGGAAUGGUUGGGAAGAUCCCUGGACUGCUGUCGCUGCAGAGCGGUGCCCCGCUGCCGAUUUCGAUUCCCCGUGCCCAAGGCUUCGAUAUGGGACUGGUUGCCGUUUUGGAGACGCCUGAGCAUAUCGCUACCUAUGCGGUGCACCCUGCUCAUUUGGAGGUUCAUAAAAUGCGAGAGGAGCUGUGCGAUGAUACUUUAGCCUAUGAUCUAGAAUUCUAG